AUGAAAUCACAAGCAGGUUCCCUUGCAUGGGAGAACUUAAGAUACGAUCUAUAUCCAUGGUUAAAAGACGCUCUACUAUCAUUAGGCUACCCAUCAAUGACGCCAGUCCAAGCAUCCACCAUUCCCUUGCUUUGUGGGAAUAAAGAUGUCAUUGUUGAAGCUGUGACUGGAUCAGGUAAAACCCUAGCUUUUGCUAUACCAGUAUUGGAAAGGGUAUCAAAGAGACUAUACACACCCGAUGAAGACGGAAAAUUAGAACCAUUAAAACGAAAUCAUAUUUUGAGUAUUGUCAUAUCGCCAACUAGAGAAUUGGCUAAACAAAUUCAAAUGGUAUUUGAUCGAGUAUUGGAGUAUUUACCCGAAGAGCUAACCCCACAGAUCAAGACACAGUUAUUGGUUGGGUCAUUGGGUAACGUGCGUGAAGAUCUAGAAAAGUUUCAAGAAAAUCAACCUCAGAUAUUGAUAGCUACACCUGGUCGAUUAUUGGAUUUCUUAACCACAUCACCAAUCGUGAAAACAUCAAGUUUGGAAAUUGUCAUCUUGGAUGAAGCAGAUAAGCUUUUGGAUUUCUCAUUUGAAAUGGAUGUUGUCAAUAUUUUAAAGAAAUUACCUAAACAACGAAGAACUGGAUUGUUUUCAGCAACAGUUUCAUCAGCGGGUGAUGCAAUUUUUAAGACGGGGAUGAAUAACCCAGUUAAAGUUCAAGUCAAGACAAAGAAUUUUCUAGGUGAACAACAAAAUGCUCCCACUUCGCUACAGUUGUCGUAUAUGUUGUUACAACCAGAGUAUAAGGUUACUACCUUGUUGACGAUAUUACGAGACUACGAUUUCAAGAAAGUAAUUGUAUACUUUCCUACAUGUACAUCUGUCAAGCACUUUUAUCAAAUUUUUACCAAGUUGGUUGAUGGUGAUUCAAAUCUACAAUUCUUCUCAUUACAUGGACAAUUGAAUACUAAAGCUAGAUUAAAUACAUUGGAGAAAUUCAUCAAUGGAAACGAGCCCAAUACCAAGUAUGUCCUAAUGACUACUGAUGUUGCUGCCCGGGGUAUCGAUGUACCCGAAGUUGAUUUAGUUGUGCAAUUAGAUCCGCCGACUGACCCAAGUGUAUUCUUACACCGGUGUGGACGUACAGGAAGAGCCAAUAGAGCUGGAAGAGCUAUUGUCAUGUUGAAUGAUGGAACACAAGAAGAAGAUUACAUUGGUUUCAUGGAAGUCAAGAAUGUAUUUAUGACCAAAAUCGAUUCACCAGAGUCGACAACUACAAAUCACGAUUCCUUUCAAAAACGACUUCGCAAAUAUAUGCUUGGAGAUAGGGCUCGCCAUGAAUUAGCCGUAAAGUCAUAUGUUGGAUUCAUUCGAUAUUAUUCUAAACAUAUUGCUAGUCUGAUAUUCCGAUUAGCUACAUUGGAUUACUUAGCAAUUGCAAAAAUGUAUGGAUUGUUGAGAUUACCCAAGAUGCCAGAGACGAAAUAUAUUGAUAAUGCACUUAUGCCACAAGACGGUUGGUUGGGUGAACCUAUUGAUAUGGAUACUUAUGCAUAUGCCGACAAAUUGCAAGAAAAAUCAAGAGUGGAGAAUUUACAAAGAGAUAAGGAAUUGAAAAUCGCCAAUGCUAAAAAGCGUAAAGAAUUAAAAAUCAAAAAUGAAGCUUGGUCAAGCAAGACCGAUCACAAGGAAACUAAACAAGAACGGAAAGCAAAAAUGAAACGGAAACGUGAAGCAAUUGAAAAGCAAUUGAUGGAAAAUGAUGAGGAACAAGAGGAACAAACACAACAGGAUUGGAAAGAUUUAAUUCGUCAAUCGAAAAAGGCAAAGAAUCAAACCAUGCAAGGUUCAUUUGAUGAUUUAUAG